AAUUGCCUCCAAUUUGACGCAUCUAGUCAUUUUAGAAUUUGUUUGCUCCAGGAAGAACUUGUGAAUCAGGCGCUCCCGAGUUUUUUGUGAAAAACCGCAGGAAAUAUCGCACACCGACAGUGAGAAGAAUACUUAACGAUGGCUCGUACUAAGCAGACAGCUCGUAAGUCAACAGGAGGAAAAGCUCCGAGGAAGCAGUUGGCGACAAAAGCCGCACGUAAAAGUGCCCCAUCAACUGGUGGCGUAAAGAAACCCCAUCGCUACCGCCCGGGUACUGUGGCCCUUCGUGAAAUUCGUCGCUACCAGAAAUCCACGGAAUUGCUGAUCCGCAAGCUGCCGUUCCAGCGUUUGGUGCGUGAAAUUGCCCAGGAUUUCAAAACUGAUUUGCGUUUCCAGUCCGCCGCCAUUGGAGCCCUCCAGGAAGCCAGCGAGGCCUACCUUGUCGGUCUCUUUGAGGACACCAACUUGUGCGCCAUCCACGCCAAGCGGGUGACCAUCAUGCCAAAGGACAUCCAAUUGGCCCGACGUAUCCGUGGCGAGCGCGCCUAAGCACACCCCAUCAUCAGCACCUUUAAUCAAUGUCCACGCGAAAUUUCUUACCCAAACAUUAUUAGUAUACUACAUCAUAAUAGCCAACAUACCGAACAUUUUGAUACUUUUUCCAUUAAUUAUUUCUCUGAAAAAUCAAGAAUUUCUUUCUCAAGAAUCGCGUUUAUUGCAAUCAUUUCAAGUAGAUUUAGUGGCGUUUUUAAAUUACAUUUUUUCUCUUUAUUUUUUCAAUAUCGUAGAAAUAAGAUGGAUUUCAUUAUAAAUAUCUUUUUUUUUAACUGGAUAACAAUUAACCAUUUUACUUUUGGAAUUUCGAUUAAGACAAAUUUAUUUAAAUAAUCUUAUCUUUAUUUUCAUCUUAGAUGUAAGUGUGGUACAAUAUUUAGUGUAUUUCGUAGGCAUUUAAUGUAAAAAAAAAAACUGUAAAAAACGGACUUUGGACAAUAAAUUAUUGUUCGGGUCCAAA